GUAGGAGACUUGAAAAAUCCCUAGUCCUCUUUAUUUGUCCAACAAAUCAGGAAAGAGGCGCAGGCGCCGACUGCUUCUUCAGUUCGCCGUCUUCAUUUUAGCCUCUUUAUUUGCCCUCAACCCCUCAAGGCUCAACGGAAAUGGAUGUAACUGCCAUUGAAUCAAAAAAGGGAAGUCCUUCACAGUCUGAAAAAAAUGAAAUCAAUGCUCGGGCAGAUGCUGUGUGGCAGCAAAUGGAUAAAGGAGUAUCGUCCAGGACAUUGAAAUCCAUUGUAAACAAACGUAAUUCAAUUGGAAAUAGAAAACCACUGACAGUUUCUAAUAGAUGGAUGUCAUUAUUGGGAUUGGGUUCAAAGAAAAUAGAAGUUACUAAGUCAUCUUUGGAAACAAAGUGCAAUACUGUUGCACUGAAGGGAGACGAUGAUGAAGCUAAGAAGCUUGCUGCUGCUGCUCUCAAACUAGCAAGAAAUGUUGAUGCUUCCUCUGCAUUGAACACGAGCAAAAUUGAGGUGACUGAGAUUCGGGACUUUGCUGGUGAGGAGAUCGAAGUGAAGAAGCUUGUUGAUGCCAGUUCAAAAGAGGCAGCUAGGACUAACACCUCUGCUGUGGAUGCUGUUUUGGAACAAAUUAAGAAAAAACCGAAACUGAAUCUUCUUGACAAGACCAAAAAGGAUUGGGGAGAGUUCAAAGAAGAAAAUAAGGACUAUGAGGAGGAAUUAGAUGCCUACAAGAAGAGUUCAAAUCAAUAUCUAGACAAGGUAUCGUUUCUUCAAAGGACAGAUUAUCGGGAAUUUGAAAGAGAGAGAGAUGCAAGACUUGCACAGCAGGCAAAAAGGAGGACAGAUAUGCGAGAGAAUCCUUAAUUGGUGGUUGUAUGACAUUCACUCAAGACGCCUUGUAUUAUUGCAAGGCAAUAAACACGAGUUGCGAUCGUAAUGUUUACUCUUGCUAGAGGUUUUCUGACCAAAGAUUUGUAUUUGAUAUCAAUCUGGAAUUGUAGAAGACUCCAUAUGUGGUAGCCUUGAAAUCUAUUUUGGAUGUCAUAUGUGAUACAUUUUCUGUUUUGGUACAAGUGCUUGAUGUCUAUAAGUUAAAAAGUAUUUGUACUAGAAGAUUUGGGUUUUUUGUUGGUACUACGUACUAGUUGUAACUUGUAAUAAAUUGUAAUGAGUUGAACAUUACUUACUUCAUAGGUUAUCCGCAAUUUUUAAACAGCAAAUGGAAUGAAAAGUCAUUUUAUUUUA